CAUGGAGAUGCUAUCAAGAUUUGUGCUGAUCGUCGGCCUAAUGAUGUUGAGUUGGCAAUGGGCGCUAUCCAUGCCCCCCGGACAAAUUGUGUCCACCAUUCCAAGCCAAACCCCAGAUGGAAUACAGAUCUCACAGCCCGAAAUACUGGGUCUCAAUACCUCGGUUGUAAUGGUCCAGAGCAUCUUUAGCAUCGAUCCAAGCUGUCCCGAAGGACAGUUUCCAUCGGGUCCACGACACAUGUGCCAUCGCAGAGCCUAGGAAAAUGAGCUCAGCCCGGGAGUUUCAAGAGAUUAAGUAAUAUUCGGUCAACCACUUAAAUCUAAAGCUAAAAAGUGGUGGUAAUUGAUUAGCAAGUGCCAGACGGGAACGUGCCAAAAGCUGUGUUUUUAUUGAUACUAAAAUAUUAUAAACAUACGAACAAAUAAAGUAUAUAAAUAUGUGUAAAA